AUGUCUUACCAAUUACUUGGUUUCGCCGUCAUUGCGGCAAUCUUUGCCCUCAUCAAGUUCCUCAAUGCCACAGACGUCCCCAAGAUCAAGGGCUUGCCCGAGAUUCCUGGUGUUCCCAUCUUUGGUAACCUUAUCCAAUUGGGUACAGACCAUGCGCGUGUAGCUGGAAAAUGGGCAGCCAAAUACGGCCCCGUCUUCCAGACACGACUGGGCAACCGAAGGAUAAUCUUUGUAAACUCUUACGACACCGUCAAGCACUUUUGGAUCACGCACCAGUCGGCUCUUAUUUCCCGGCCUACUUUCCAUACUUUCCACUCUGUCGUAUCCUCCUCGCAAGGAUUCACAAUUGGGACUUCGCCAUGGGAUGAGUCUUGCAAGCGUCGGAGAAAGGCUGCUGGCACCGCCCUGAACCGACCUGCUGUUCAGUCAUACAUGCCAAUUCUGGAUCUAGAGUCCAUGGCCAGUAUCAAGGAGCUUCUGAAUGACUGCAAGGGUGGCACUGUCGACAUUGAGCCCACCCCUUACUUUGCCAGAUUUGCCCUCAACACCUCGCUCACUCUCAACUAUGGCUUCCGCAUCGAUGGAGACGUUCAAAACGAGCUCUUGACUGAAAUCACCCACGUGGAGCGCGAGAUUUCCAACUUCAGAUCUACUAGUAACAACUGGCAAGAUUAUGUCCCACUACUUCGUCUUUGGAGCAAGCAAAACUCUGGUGCCGAGCAGUACCGUGAGCGAAGAGACAGAUAUCUUACAAAGUUGCUCAAGGACCUUCAGCAGCGCAUCGCCGAUGGUACCGACAAGCCCUGCAUCACUGGUAAUAUCAUCAAGGAUCCCGAUGCCAAGCUGAAUGAAGCUGAGCUCAAAUCUAUCUGUCUGACCAUGGUCUCCGCUGGAUUGGAUACUGUCCCUGGUAACCUGAUUAUGGGUCUUGCCUACCUUUCCACUGAGGAUGGUCAAAGCAUCCAGGAGCGAGCCCUGAAGGAGAUUGAGGCUGUGUAUCCCGACGGUGAUGCAUGGGAGAAGUGCCUAGUGGAGGAGAAGGUGCCUUACAUUACCGCUCUUGUCAAGGAAACUCUGCGUUUCUGGACCGUCAUUCCCAUCUGCUUGCCUCGUACGAGUAUCAAGGAUAUUCCAUACAAAGGCACUGUCAUCCCUGCUGGUACAACUUUCUUCAUGAAUGCAUGGGCUGCCGACUAUGAUGAGCAGCGUUUCAAGGAGCCAAACCGAUUCUUGCCUGACCGCUUCAUCGACGAUAACGAGUCUGGAACUCCUCACUACGGCUAUGGUGCGGGAUCGCGCAUGUGCGCUGGAUCUCAUCUUGCGAACCGAGAGCUAUACACUGCCUACAUUCGAUUGAUUACUGCCUUCAAUAUACUACCACCAAAGAAGCAGGCUGACGCGCCCAUAAUUGACGCUAUUGAGUGCAACAGCGUGCCAACCUCCCUGACAACAGACCCCAAGCCCUUCAAAGUUGGCUUGAAAGCCCGAAACGAGACAAAGUUGAAGCAGUGGCUGUCUGAGGCCGCUGACAGAACGAAGGACCUGUAG